AUGGACUCGGAACUGAAGGCGGCGAAAGCGGCUUACCGGAACGCCAAGGCGGAGGGAAACCACCGGGAGGAGGCACGGUGGGCGAACGUCAUCGGCGACAUACUGAAGAACAGAGGAGAGUACGUGGAGGCCCUCAAGUGGCUUCGAAUCGAUUACGAUGUUUCGCUGAAGCAUUUACCUGAGAAGCACUUGCUCCCAACUUGCCAAUCUCUCGGCGAGAUCUAUCUCCGUCUCGAGCAGUUCUCCGAUGCCCUAAUUUACCAGAAAAAACACUUAGAUCUUGCGAGGGAUGCUAACGAUCUCGUUGAGCAGCAAAGGGCGAGCACGCAACUAGGUCGCACUUACCACGAAUUGUUCUCGAGAUCAGAUCACGACCAUCACUCCAUUCGCAAUGCGAAGAAGUAUUUCAAGUGUGCUAUGGAGCUUGCUGUGACUUUCAAGGAAAACCCGCCCAACAACAAGUCUUCCUUUCUCAAGGAAUACAUAGAUGCACACAACAAUAUAGGCAUGCUGGAAAUGGAGCUUGAUAACUUGCACGAGGCGCAGAAGAUCCUAACUAGAGGGUUGGAGAUUUGUGAUGAAGAGGAAAUCAGUGAAUUUGACGAUGGUCGCAGCAGGCUCCAUCAUAACCUUGGGAAUGUGUAUAUGGAACUAAGGAUUUGGAAUGAAGCUAGAAGAAAUAUUAAAAGGGACAUUCAGAUAUGUAACAGAAUUGGGCAUCGUCAAGGGGAAGCCAAGGGGUAUAUUAAUCUUGGUGAAGUGCAUUACAGGACUCAGAAGUACGAGGAAGCGCGAUCUUAUUAUGAGAAGGCGCUUGCUUUGGCAAAGUCCUUAGAGGACGAGGAUGCUUUGGUCAGGCAAAUUGAUCAGAAUAUUGGAACUGUUAGAGAAGCUGUCAAAGUAAUGGAUGAAAUAAAGAAAGGAGAGCAGAACCUGAAAAAGCUCAAAAGAGAUACAGCUACCACGAGAGGGACACCACAUGAGCGCAAAUGUUUGCUGCAGCUAAAUGCGUCUCUUGAUAGCCUCGUUGAGAAAGCAAGCACGAUCUCUGCGUGGGAGAAGCAUUGUGAAUUUGCAAAGGAGAAGAAGAAAAUAGCAAGUGAACUUUGUGACAGGCAAAGGCUGGGUGAUUCAUACAUGGAUGUUGGAGAAUCAUACCAGAAGCUCAGAAAAUUCAACAAAGCAAUCAAAUGGUACAAAAAGAGUUGGGAAAUGUACAAAAUAAUUGGUAACUUAGAGGGCCAAGCACUGGUGAAAAUUAAUAUUGGUAAUGUUUUGGAUUCUACUCACAAUUGGAAAGAAGCAUUGGAUGCAUUUCAAGAGAGUUACAGAAUUGCUGUUGAAGCGGACCUUCCUGAUGUACAGCUUUCUGCCUUGGAAAACAUGCAUUAUAGCAACAUGAUAAGAUUUGAUGAUGAGGAUGAGACCAGGAGGUUGAAACUUCUAAUUGAUAAGCUGAAGAAGUCAAAAGAAAAAGAGCUCGAAGCUAGAAGUAUGCCUGAGGAUUGUUGUUCUGAGACUGAUACUGAACCAGAUGAUUGUCCUUCAAAUAGUGGGUCUGAUAAUUUCUGCUCUCCAAAGACAAUUUCUAGAUCAAAAACUCUGACUACUGAAGUAGAAUUGAAAGAUGACAUGCCUCUUAUGUCACUCUAUCAGUCCAUAAAAGGAUCAUCCAGGAAGAUAACAGACCACGCAGAGAGUCUUACCAACUCUACCAAGCAAGCUGAGCAGUCACCCAAAAGUCUGUCAAAUCUAACCAGCAACCAUCAGACGGUUGUUGGUCGUAAACGUGUCCGUAUAAUUCUCUCUGACGAUGAUGACAAUGAUGAGAUCGAGUUUUCAAGCAAAAAAGAUCACGAUUGCUUGUUAGAGGACUUUCCCACUGAUGAUGCAAUUAAGAGUAAAGCCAGUCCUUCUCGAUGGCAGGUUGUCUCAGAGUAUGGAUCCAAAUGUGCAAUUAAUGUUGAAGAAAGUAGUAGUUCUUUCAAAUGCCGGAGUCCAUAUACAGCCACUAAGACUGGCAGACAUUCCAGAUCUUUGAGCAAUGAUAUAGUUGCUGAACCUGAUUUUCCUAGUGGUUCUAAAUGUGACACAGAUGUCUCCGGCAAACAAAAUGGUGUUGCCGAUCCCAUGUUGCAUCAUUCCCAAAAUGACCAAUAUAUUACAUGCCGGAUUGGGAAUGAUAUAAUUCACGUAGACGCAACCUUGUGUAGUGCUGGUGAUCAGUUGAAUAUUGAGUCUUUGAAGGCUGUAGUUGCAUGCUUAUACUAUCUACAACUUCCCACAGAAAAGGGAUCAGAGGGUUUGCUGCCCAUUAUUCAGCAUAUAAAAUGUGCUGGAAGAGAUCUAGAAUCCCUAGAAACUGUUGAAAAUCUUAAGGAAUAUCUGCAAAAUGAUGCGGUUGAGGCUUCCAUUGAUGGAUGGAUUCACAAGCGCCUAAUAAAAAUGUACAUAGACUGCUGCAGGGAGUUUUCUGAUGUACCAAAUAUCAAAGUACUGAAGAAACUCUACAAUUUAGAGGUUUCAGAUGAUGAAAUCAGUGUGUCUGAUUGUGACCUGCAAGAUUUGUCUAUAACACCAUUGAUAAAUGCGCUGCAUUCCCAAAAAGCAUUUUCAAUGCUCGACCUCUCUCACAAUUUGUUAGGAAAUGGGACAAUGGAGAAACUUCGAAAGGUGUUCACAGAGUCAAGCCAAUCUUAUGGUGACUUAACUUUGGAUUUGCAUUGCAAUCGAUUUGGCCCAACAGCUUUGUUUCAGAUUUGCGAAUGCUCAGUGCUUUUUGCUCGGCUAGAAAUGCUUAACAUUUCUGGAAACCGUCUUACGGAUGCAUGUGGAUCUUAUCUUUCAACAAUCUUAAAAAACUGCACAGCACUAUGUAGCUUGAAUGUAGAGAACUGUUGUAUCACAUCCAGAACCAUUCAAAAAAUUGCCGAUGCAUUGGACUCUGCAUCUGUACUUGCACAUCUUUGUAUAGGACACAACAGCCCUGUAUCUGGAAAUGCUUUAGUUAAUCUUCUGUCCAAGCUUUCUACUUUGAAAAGGUUUUCUGAGUUGAAUCUGAGUGGUCUAAAACUAGGCAAACCAGUCGUCGAUGCCCUUUGCCAGCUUGCUGGGACCUUGACUGUAUCAGGACUAAUACUUGGAAGCACGGGUAUUGGAACCGAAGGGGCGAUAAAAUUAUCAGAAUCAUUGCUCAAGGGGACUGAAGAGCUUGUGAAACUUGACCUAUCAUAUUGUGGGCUGACAUCUAACUAUGUUUCAAACAUCAAUGUUGAUUUUUUUUGUUCCAUCCUUGAGCUGAACCUGGAAGGAAAUCCUAUUAUGCCUGAGGUUGGUUGCUUGUAA